CUCAGUCUGAACUGAGCUCUCGAACCAUUGACACUGCUAGUGAAAAGCUUGAAAAUAUUUUCACUGAGAAUUUUCAGUGAAUACUUUCCUUCCCAUAUUUUCUCAAUUAGGAACUUUUAGUGGAACUCAAAAAAGGUUUGUGUUUUGAGAAUACAGUAGUCAAAAUGAAACAAAUUUAUAGUGACGUGAUUAAAAUGAAAACUACUUCAGUUUUUGCACAAAUAGUGAUUAUGAUUAGUAUGCACUAGAUAUUGUAUCAUCUGCUUGAAAAGUCAAGUAUAAAUUGUGCUAUAUAGACAAUAAAGAGAGAGAGAGUCCUCAACGAGACAGGUGCAAAUUUCUUGUGUGGGCAUCAGACAUGAAUAGGCGGAUGAUCCGCAGGACUGGUUGGUGGAUCACAUGGAGGGGAGAAUACAUUGUGAGGGGGUGUGCUGCCCAGUGGGAACUCCUGUGAACAUCUGUCCAGCUGUUCACUCCCUGGAUACCGUUCGGGCCCUCCAUCAGACGGUUGUGUCCUUGCGAACAGCCCUAGACGACGCUAGGCGUGAAAUUGAUAAGCUCAAGAGGCAGAUCCACGUGCAAAGUGAUAUCGAACAGGGACGUUUAUUUCGCUCCAGUAACCCUACCAUAAAUAUUACCCAGGACUCUCCUCAUGAAACACCAACAAGGGCAGAGGACACAAGCCAAACCACGCCAAAGAAUGAUCAGGUUUUAAAAAGUGAAGCGAGGAAUACAGAAAGUACCUCGCAUCACGUAAAAAUUAUUAAAUCUGCAAAAGAAAAUGAAAAUAAAACACCAAGGGUCACCAUUGAUCCUGUUGUAAGUGUUACUACAGAACCCUCACAAGACGCUCACGAGGGAAGAAUUAGAGGGAUGGCCUCUAAAAUAGAUGUAAAAAUUAAAGUAUCUUCGAACAUUCAAGUGGACAGCAGCAGUAGUUCUGAACAGAAUACCCAUAGGAGUUCCCAAGAAGAUGAUGGAAAAGAUGAGAAAGUCCAGGAUAAGACAACUGAUGAGAAAGUUCCCGUAGAUGUAGGUGGUCAAGAAGAGCAAGAAGGUCAGGCACGGACGGAAACUUUCAAAACUGAUGGGAAAUCUCUAAAGAUACAUGUGACGUCUGAAGAGAACUUGACCCUUGUGAAGUCAGGAGAUGAAAUCAAUAUCACACAGAACUCCAAUGAAAAUCUUCACCUGGAUAUCGAUGAUAAUUCUGAAGAUGGGGAUAAUUCAGUGUUUACAGAAGGAGCCCUAACACCAGCGGAAGCUGCUGGUCCAAUUGAUGAAGUUGCAACAGGAGAGGGAGAAAAUCCCACUGGAAAAAAAAAGGAUCCUGAACAUAAAGAUCAAGAAGAAGUCGAUGACAUCGAGCUGAUAUUUUCUUCAGAUGACAACAAGGACCUCUUGCAGGAGGAUCUUGUGUCCAUAUCAGACUAUGAACCUUGGCAAGCACCAGGAUCUUCAGGAACUCCAGUACUUGUUAACUUCUCUUCUCUGCCGAGUGAAGAGCAACCUCCUGAUGAAGAAACUCCUAAUGUAACUGGACGUAGAGAGAUUAAAUCCUGCUCAAGUGUCAUAGAAAAGCACACGCGAUUCCAGCAUGAGAGUACGGAGGAUUCAGAUGUAGUUUCAGAAAAUAGAUACUCGAAUAGUUUUGACCAGGGAGUAAGUUUGGAUUUGAAGGAGUCCGAUGAUAUUCGUCGCGACGAGAGCUUCGACACUUUUGACAAUGUCCCACCGUUUAGUCGAAAAUGGACAAAUACUAAUGUUUUAAUCGAGACAGACAUCUCAAAGUGUGGCAUUUCUGAAGAAGGUAUCUUGGAUAAAGGACGCCGGAACACAUGCCCCAAUCCACCAGCCUACAAACCAAUGGCUCAUCGAGAAGCUCUCCUACACUCGAGAUAUACCAGAUGUCCUUUUGGGGUGAAAUUUUCCCGAUCUGCAGCUAGGAGUCAAUAUGGAAAUCAAUAUCGUACUACGAAACCACUUCUGAUGGACACCUCCAUGACUCAGGGUGGUCCUAAAAGAAGCAGCUCAGCUCAAACUGAUAUAUCUGCUCUUCCUGAACACUGGCAAUCAGAAAGUCACCUUGCCGGUGGUCUCUGUGAGGGACUCUACACCCUACCUUCGAGAUUUACCCCUCGGCCUGGAACAUCCGCCGGACGCUAUCCUCUGAGACCAUCAGAGAAAACGCAAGAAGCUCGAAGGGUUCUAUUAAGCGACAUCCACUUCACAAGUAUGGUACCUGAACUUUCACGCUCUGCUGAUCAUCUCUGCCAUGAAGGUGAGACGAAAGGUGAGAAUAAGGACAAUCCAAACCAUGGAGCUGCUGCAGACGUUGAAAAUCUGUCUCCGGGUUACCACAAGGGUCCUUUCUUACGCACUCCCGACUAUACCACAAGGGGGAUCACACCGAGUGCUAGUCUGAAUUCAAGAGAAGCAUCCCAGUGGACAGUGAAUGAGACAAGCUUUGGUACGCAAACACCCAUCACUGGGAUGUUUUGGGGUGCAGCCCGAGGGGAUUCUUUUGACUCCACAAGAAGUUAUUCCGGUUCUAAAUGCUUUGGUCCUAUUGGAAAACAUCAUCGCUCUCGGAGUGUGCCCUCAGUAAGAUGUGCUAUUUGUCGACAAACGAGGAUACCUCCAUCUUCUCACAUGCGCUUGUCAGAGAGCAUGCACUAUACACCUCGUGUGGCAAUCCAGGAAUCAUGUCGUGGUGUCCAAGGAUCCCUGCCUGAUCUUCGACAUGAGUGCUUAUGUCCUGCAAGACGCUAUCAUGCUCAUUCAUUUGCCAGAAGUCACGGUGACUCUAGUGGGUCAACUGAUAGUCUUCUUGAUGAAGCUGAAGACUUCCUCAAACGCUCAGUCGAUGGGAUAUUCCAUCAUGAACCAAUGCACUUGGUCCCCGAAACUAAAGCAGUUAAUCGAAGGUGUUCAGAGAAUGACAUUCCCAGAGAUUUUAUCCCACCGAAGCAGUCUCUUCCUUUUCUUCCGAGAACCCCAAAAUGUCUCAAACCCGGACAUUUAGCUAAAGUUAUCUUAAAGAAUGGUCGUGUAGCCAUAGGAAAAAUCCGGUAUAUUGGACCCGUGGCUUCCAUGGUGGAAUCCAGUGGUGAUAACGGAGAGGAAACUUUUGUAGGUCUUCAAUUAGCUACCACUUUUGGUGAUUGCGAUGGCACGAUUGAUGGAAAGAAAUUCUUUGAUUGUGAUCCACUUCAUGGAGUUUUUGUACCUUUUAAGAAGGUAAUUAUGGCGUGGUCAGCUUAAAUAUCCCCUCAUUGCCAAAAAACAACCCGGAGAGUGUUAAAUGAAAUUUUGUGGUUGAUCCUGUAAAACUAUUAUUCUCUAUUGCAUUGUGUUCUUCAUAUGAUUUGUGUGAUAUUUAGUUAUGAAAAGCAUAGAAAAAAAUUUUAGCAUCUUAAUGGCACAACUUUGUCUGUACAUUUCACAUAAAAUUGAAGAUUUAAAGCAAUAUCUUAUAGUUUUUUUCUGUAAAUUUAUAAUAAAAUUUAAUUUAUUUAACAUAUGACACAGCAUUAUUGCCAAUUGUAUACGUAAGAUUUUAAUUUUAUGUUUUAUUUGAACAAAGAGGACAGUUUUAUAUGAUUUGUGUGAUAUUUAGAAAUUAGUUUUUUAAUAAUUGAUUUUUAACAAGGAAUACCUAACUAAUACUAAACUGCAGUUGUAGGGAAUAAAAUUAAGCUUUAAGUGGCAUUUUGUGUCCCUGGAGAAAUGGAAUAACUAGAACAAACAAUCGCUAUACACAUGUAGUUUUAAAAACAAUAGAACAAGAUGUUAUACUAAAAAAUAUUCCAUAUAAAUGUAAAACUAGAAAAAAAUGAAACACGAACUUACGAAGGCUCACUGUCAUAAUCAAAUAGAAAAAGAAAAGAAUUCUGUAAUUGCUAUUACACGUUUUUUUACAAUAAUAAAAAUCUUUCUACUGACCUCAGUAAAAUCAUUUGCAAGCAAAGAAAAAAGUAAAAAAUGCAAAAUACUUCAAGAUUCUCAAUGAUCCUUAAAAAGACAAAUAUUAAAAUGUUAUUCAGAUAUAUUUUGUACAUUUUACAAAUUAUUUGCUUUUUUUCUUAAAUUCGUAACCACCAUCUGAGAUUUUAGCAAUGCUAUUUGCCAUCAUUGUAAGUCCUAAAAUUAAGGAAAUGCCAAAUUACAAUAUCUUGGGUUUGCAUUGUUUGCGUACAUUGAUAGAAUUCAUUCUAUCGAAUUUAACGCAUAUCAAAGUGAAUUUCUUCAAAUGCAAAUGCACAUUCUGCAAUUUGAACCUAAAUUCUAUCAACACAAAAAAAAUAAUGGGAACUGAUUGUAAAGUAAAAAUCAAUGUAAAGAAACAGAAUGUUAAAUAUCUUAUCAAAUAUGAAAACAUAAUAAAUGUGUAUAUAUAAUUAAAUGUUUUAGAGAGAAAUGGUUCAUGUGAGAGAGAAAUAUCAUUGAGUGUAAAAAUGAAGGAAAAAGUAGAAUUGGGUGUAAAAACAAGAUGAAAUAAAAAUAAUAUAAAGCUCAA